AUGAACGGUGCCUUUACCUACUCACCAGUGGAUUUGUCUUCCAUUGAUAGAAUUCAGUUUGGCAUUUUGAAUCCACAUGUGGUUGAGAAAAUGUCUGCAUGUGAAAUAAUUCAUGCCGAAACUGAGGAGAAAGGUCUUCCAAAGGAAGGUGGUUUGAUGGAUCUUCGUAUGGGAACUGUAAAUAGUGCACUCUCCUGUAUGACAUGUGGCUGUGGAGUGAGUGAAUGUCCAGGACACUUUGGACAUGUCAAUAUUCAUCCAACAUUUAAUAUAUUAUUCCUAAAGACAAUUGUCAAGAUAUUGAAAUGUACAUGUGUCCAUUGCAGUAGAUUGCUCUUCAAUAGAAACACUCCAGAAUUCAAGAGAAUCCAACAAAUCGCCAACAAACGAAAAAGAUUUAACGAAUUGAUGAAACUGAAACCAAUGGACAAGUGCAUGAUUGAUGAUUAUACAGGUUGUGGUGGUAUUCAACCUAAAAUAUCGAAGAAUCAACUGUCCAUCACUCAAAUAUUUCCAAAUUCCAAUGAAAUCAAGCAAGAAAUCAAAGCUGAAAGUGUCUUGCAGAUUUUCAAGAGAAUUUCAACACAAGAUUUGGAAUUACUUGGUUUUGAUUCAAUUAAUUCGAAUCCAGAAUGGAUGAUAUUAACUUGUCUUCCAGUGCCACCUCCACAUGUUCGUCCUUCUGUGAUGCAUGGCUUGAAUGAUAAGGCAGAAGAUGAUUUGACUCAUAAACUUGCUGACAUUAUCAAGUCAAAUGCCACAAUUCAGAAAUUGAGCAAAUCUGGAUCUCCACAACAUUAUCUUGAUGACAUGAUCAAGAUUUUGCAAUAUCAUUGUGCUACUUAUAUGAAUAAUGAAAUUUCUGGAGUGCCAAUGUCAACUACCAAGAAUGGAAGAAUGUUAAAAAGUUUGAGACAAAGAUUGAAGGGCAAGGAAGGACGUGUCAGAGGUAAUUUGAUGGGUAAACGUGUAGAUUUCUCAGCAAGAACUGUGAUUACUCCAGAUCCAACCAUUGAAAUAGAUCAGGUUGGUGUUCCAAGAACAAUUGCAAGAAAUAUGACAGUUCCAGAAAAAGUGACACCUUUCAACUUUGAGAGAAUGAAUGAAUUGGUCAUGAAUGGUCCAGAAACCUAUCCAGGUGCUAAAUACGUCCUUCGUGAUGAUGGUACUCGAAUUGAUUUGAAAUUUCUUUCAGAUAGAUCAACAGAUCAAGUUCAAUUACAAUACGGUUACACAAUUGAACGUCAUUUACAAGAUGGUGAUGUCGUUCUCUUCAAUAGACAACCUUCCCUUCACAAAAUGUCCAUGAUGGGUCACAGAGUUAAGGUUAUGCCUUACAGCACUUUCAGAUUAAAUCUCUCCGUAGUAACUCCGUACAAUGCCGAUUUUGACGGAGAUGAAAUGAAUUUGCAUUUGCCUCAAUCUUUGCAAACCAAAACUGAAUUGUUAGAGCUCAUGAUGGUUCCAAAGAAUAUCAUCACUCCUCAAAGUCAUCGUCCUCUCAUUGCACUAGUUCAGGAUACAUUACUGGCAGGUUCAAAAUGUACAAGAAGAGAUGUCUAUAUUGAGAAGGAUGUCAUGAUGAAUUGUCUAAUGUAUUUGCAAGAUUUUAAUGGUCAAUUGCCAGUUCCAGCAAUUUUAAAGCCAAAACCAUUGUGGACUGGAAAACAAUUAUUUUCACUUCUAUUACCCUCAAUUGACUAUUAUGGAAUUUCUUCCACACACGAUGAUGAAGUUGGAGAUUUGAAACAUUUGGAUGAUCAUUUACCUGAAUUCGAUACUGGAAUAAUCAUUUCUAAUGGAGAACUCUUAACAGGUAUUUUAGAUAAGAAAUCUUUAGGGUCAUCCCAUGGCUCCUUAAUUCACAUCAUUGUUAAUGAUAAGGGAACUCAGGAAGGAAAGAAAUUCCUUGGACAAUGUCAACAUGUACUGAACUAUUGGUUGCUUCAACACGGAUUCAGUGUUGGUAUUGGAGAUACAAUUGCAGAUGGGGAAACUGUUAAGAAAAUUGAAGAAAUCAUUAAUAAUGCUGAGAGAGAAGUUAAGAAAAUUGUCAAACAAGCUCAUAAUGGAUUGGUGACAGCUGAACCUGGAAGAACAGUUGAGCAAUCAUUUGAAAGAUCAAUCAAUUCAACAUUAAAUGCCGCCAGAGAGGAUGCUGGUAUGCAUGUCAAAAAGUCACUCAAAGAUUCGAAUAGCAUCAAAUCAAUGGUUACUUCAGGAAGUAAGGGUUCCUACCUUAACAUUUCACAAAUCAUUGCCUGUGUCGGUCAACAAAACGUUGAAGGUAAGAGAGUACCUUUCGGAUUCAAGAACAGAACACUCCCUCACUUUAGUACAGAUGAUCAUGGACCUGAGAGUCGUGGUUUUGUUGCCAACAGUUACCUCAGAGGACUUACACCUCAGGAAUUCUUCUUCCACACAAUGGGAGGUCGUGAAGGGUUGAUUGAUACAGCUGUCAAGACAGCUGAGACUGGUUAUAUUCAGAGAAGAUUGGUGAAGGCCAUGGAAGAUGUUAAGGUCAACUAUGACGGAACUGUGAGAGAUGCUUCUGGAAAUAUUAUCCAGUUCUUGUAUGGUGAAGAUGGAAUGGAUCCAAUCAAGUUGGAAAGCCAAUCGUUUGAAAUGUUAAGUUUGAGUGAUGAGAUAUUUGAAGAAAAGUACAAAUGGUCAACCAAGUUGGAAGACCACAACAUUCCAGAAAGUGAUUUGAAUGAAAUUUCCUUAGAUUUUGCCAAUUAUUUGAUGAAACUGAAUGAUGAAUAUAAAAAAUUGCAAGAAUAUCGUCACUUGGUAAGAGAUGAAAUAUUACAAUCAGUAGAUUCAAAGAUUGUCUUUCCAGUCAACUUGUCCAGAUUGAUCAAGAGAGUUCAAAGAGAAUAUGGUAGAAAGCACUCUACUUUCAACAACUCCUCAGAUUUGAAUCCACUCUACGUUAUCAAGAAGGUCAACUCUACAUGUGAAGAGCUACUCAUCAUUAAGGGAAAAGAUAAAUUAUCAGAAGAAGCUCAAAGAAAUGCAAUUUUGCUUUUUUCAAUUUUCUUGAAAUUUUCAUUGGCAUCCAAGGUUGUUAUGAAUGAAUUGAAUUUGACUCGAGAAUCUCUUGAAUAUUUAUUGGGAGAGGUCAAGUACACAUUCUUGAAUGGUUUGGUUCAACCUGGUGAAAUGGUUGGUUGCAUUGCAGCUCAGUCAAUUGGUGAACCUGCUACUCAAAUGACUUUGAAUACCUUUCACAAUGCUGGUGUUUCGUCUAAGAAUGUUACUUUGGGUGUUCCUCGAUUGAAAGAACUCCUCGAUGUUUCAAGAAAUAUCAAAACUCCUGGGUUGACCAUUUAUCUCAAAAAUGAUAAUGAUUGUGAAAUUGCCAAAAUGGUUAAGGAAGAAUUGGAAUAUUCUAAUUUAGGUUCCAUUACUAGAUCUACUCAGAUUAUCUACGAUCCAGAUAUUUUCAAUUCAGUUAUUGAAAGUGAUCAAUUUUUCAUUAGAGAAAUGCUGGAAGAAAAAACCAUUGAUCCUAAUACGUUUAGUCCAUGGUCAUUGAGAUUCGUAUUAGAUAGAGAAAUGAUGAGUGAACAUUUGAACAUGUCUCAGAUUGCAAAUAUUAUCAAACAAGAAUUUCAAAAUGACAUUUCAUGUUUCUAUUCGGAUGAUAAUUCAGAGGAGUUAAUCUUGAUAAUUCGUAUUCGAAACAGUGAGAAAUCCAAAUCUGAAACUGAGGACGAUGAAGAGGAUUCUUCCAUGAUUGUUGAAUUCCUUAAAAGACUCGAGUCCAACAUGCUUAGUCAACUCUCCCUUAAAGGUCACAACAAUCUCAAGAAGGUUUUCUACAGAAAAGAUGAAAAUAUUAAAUUCUUUUCCAAUAAGGGAGUUGAAAAGAAGACAAGAUGGUCAUUAGAAACAGAAGGUUGUGAUUUACUUUCAGUCAUGUCUCAUCCACAAGUUGAUUUUAGAAAUACCUUGUCAAAUGAUGUUAUUGAAGUUGAGAAAGUGUUGGGAAUUGAAGCUUGUAGAAAUUUAUUAAUGAAAGAAUUGAGAAAGGUUAUUGAGUUUGAUGGUUCCUAUGUCAAUUAUAGACAUUUGGCUAUUUUAUGUGAUGUAAUGACUCAAGGAGGUGUUAUUACAGCUGUCACUCGUCACGGUUUGGCCAGAAGUGAUAAUGGACCACUUAUGAGAUGUUCAUUCGAGCAAACAGUUGAAGUACUUGUGGAAGCAGCUCAAUUUUCAGAUGUUGAUACCUUGAAAGGAGUUUCAGCCAAUGUUAUGGUUGGUAAAUUGGCUCCGAUUGGAACAGGAACUUUUGAUCUAGUCCUAGAUGAGCAAUUAUUGAAGGAAACCAUUCAACCAACCUUUAUGAAGGCUUCUCAUUUGACAAAUAUUUCAAUAAGCUCUCCUCAUGCUGUCAUGACUCCUUAUCACUCAACUUUCUCUACACCUUCCUGUUCAACACCAUUCUCUUCAUCACCAUCUAGUCCUUGGACUCCACAAUAUUCUCCAUACACUUCUGCAUUUUCACCAAUUACAUCCAUUGCAAGUUCUCCAACAAGUCAUAAUGCAAGCUAUUCACCAAGUGCAAAUCAUAAUUAUUCACCAAGCAGCCCAGCCAAUUAUAGCCCAAGCUCACCAUUAGGAUCUUAUUCACCAAGUAGUCCAAAUUAUAGAGACUAUAGUCCAACAUCUCCAUUAAUUAAUGGUCCAAUGUCACCAAUCUAUAGUCCUUCUUCACCUGCCUACACUCCAAUGAAUAGUCCUGGAAGAUAUAGCCCUAGCUCUCCUGCAUUCUCACCUCUGAGUCCAAAUGUUUAUUCACCAUCCAGUCCUGGAAGAUACAGCCCUAGCUCUCCAUCAAGUCCUAAUAUUUAUUCACCAACUAGUCCAAUCUAUAGUCCAACAUCUCCAUACUCUCCGUCAAGUCCAAGUUUUAGCCCAACUUCACCAAUAGAUUGGAAACAAUAGAAUAAAAUAAACACAUUGAUGUGAAUUAUGUUGUAUU